GCCAAGCUUUCGCUUUCACGCGCUGGUCGUGAUUACGUCCCGUCAACCUCCCUCUAUAUACAGCCUAUCGCGUUUAAACCAUACGUUCGGGAUUUCUGGUAAAUUAACGGAUCUAUUUAUUCAGCGGAACUGAGCACAAACCGCUCAGAGGCAUUGGACCGCCCCUCAGAAGUCGACGCGUCCGUAUUUUGAAAAGGUCGAUAUGUCGUCAAAAUAAAAAGAAAUCGGGAGUUUCGGGAUGCUACAACGUCGCGCAACCUCCGGAUGUAAAGACGUGUAAAUCCCCGAUGAAAUCGGAUAAACGUCCAUAGUUUAGUAAAACCCGUCUGCUGAAGUCUGUUAAAGAUAUGGAUAUUAAUACACGCGUAUUAGUAGGGCUACAGACACACAGGCCACUCUCUCUGAAGUCUUCACGGACCGGCUUUGACCUUUCCAAUAUGGCGGAACGUUUACUUCCGCUAAAGGUGAUGACGUUCGGUUCAACUUUUUGAGCGAUGUUGCAAGCAGAGCGGCGAUGGAGGAUGAUCGCGCACAGCCGGUGUUCGCGUUCGGGAUCAUCGCAGACAUACAGUACGCGGACAUAGAGGACGGCUUGAAUUAUCUGAGAACGCGCAAGCGCUUCUACAGGAACAGCCUCCAGCUGCUGCGCAACGCCACGCGCCGCUGGGAAGAGCAGCACGUCCGGUGCGUCCUUCAGCUGGGGGACAUCGUCGACGGCUUUAAUAAGAGCCGCGGCGCUUCGGAGCGGGCUCUAGACACCGUCCUCGGGGAGUUUGACAAGAGCUCGGCGGAAGUGCAUCACGCGUGGGGCAAUCACGAGUUUUACAACUUCUGCAGGGAAGCUCUGCUCGCUUCCCCUCUCAACAGCGCGGCCAAAGCCGGAAGCGGAAGUGACCUGCUAGCCGACGGCAUUUACGCGUACGAGUUCAGCCCUGCCCCCGGGUUUCGGUUCGUGCUGCUGGACGCGUACGACUUGAGCGUGAUCGGGAGAGACGAGGGCAGCGAGAAACACAAGCGAUCGCUGAAGCUCCUGCGGGAACACAACGGCAACGCCGAUCUCAACCAGCCGCCAGUAUUUAAUGGCUUGGAGCAAAGGUUUGUGAAAUUUAAUGGCGGAUUCAGCCAAGAGCAGCUGUUGUGGCUUGAUGAAGUCUUAACUCUUGCUGACCAGAAGCAGGAGAGAGUAACUAUCUUUAGUCAUCUUCCCGUUCACCCGUAUGCCACCGACCCCAUCUGUCUGGCGUGGAACUACGAUGCCAUGCAGUCCGUGCUGCGAUCUCAUAAGAGCGUGGUUUGCUUCAUGGCGGGACACGAUCAUGAUGGGGGAUAUUAUAUGGACGAGUCUGGCAUUCACCACAUCACGCUGGAGGGGGUGAUCGAAACACGUCCAGACAGUAAUGCCUUCGGGACAGUUUAUGUCUAUGAGGAACAGAUGGUUCUCAAGGGCAACGGAAGGAUAUCAGAUAUGGUUCUCAAGUAUCCAUGAGUGGAAAGCAUUUACGAACCGACAAGAUUGUUUUCAGUGAAUGAUGGAAUGGAAAAUAAUAAACAAAACUCCUUCUG